AGCCGGCGGCGGAGCUCGGCGGGGCGGGGAGGGGACGGGCAGCGCCGGGAGGCGGCACCGCGCUCCCACCUGCCCCUCUCCGCCGCGGGCAGUGAUGAGGCGGCCGCGGGCAGCGGCUGGCGCGGAGCAGCCGGAGUUUGUUCGCUGCCCGUCCUCGUCUCCCUGAUGCUCUGAGCCGGAGUCUCCUCCUCUCGCCGGGCUCGCACCCGGGCUGGAUGCUCCGCUCGCUCCUCGCUUCCCUGCCACAGCCGCCGGCCGCUGCCCGCCGCCCCGCAAGACAUGGAGCCGUCCGCUGCCCCCCUGGACACCACUCCGGACCCCGCCAUCGUGCAGCCCCCCGGGGCCAACCCGCCGGGUGCCCCGCGGGAGCAGCAGCAGGAGCAGCUGCGGAUCGGGGAGAGCGGGCAGUUCAGCGAGGGGCUGGAGGACAGAGGUUUACUAGAAAGCAGUACAAGGCUAAAACCUCAUGAAGCUCAAAGCUACAGAAAGAAGGCAUUGUGGGUUUCCUGGGUCUCCAUUAUUGUCACACUGGCUCUUGCAGUGGCUGCUUUCACUGUCUCCGUAAUGAGAUACAGUGCAUCAUCCUUUGGAUUUGCUUUUGAUGCCACCCUGGACGUUCUGUCGUCAGCGAUAGUUCUGUGGCGUUACAGCAACGCGGCCGCGGUGCACUCUGCACACAGGGAGUACAUGGCUUGUGUUAUCUUGGGUGUCAUAUUUCUGCUGUCAUCAAUAUGUAUUGUGAUCAAAGCCAUCCAUGAUCUUGCGAAGAGGGUGCUUCCAGAAGUGGAUGAUUUUCUGUAUAGUGUCUCUGUUCUAAGUGGAAUCCUUUGCACAGGCUUGGCAGUAAUCAAAUUUAUGCUGGGAAAGGUCCUUACAAGCAGAGCACUGAUAACUGAUGGUUUCAACUCUCUUGUAGGUGGAAUAAUGGGAUUUUCCAUCCUUCUUAGUGCAGAAGUGUUUAAACACAAUUCUUCUGUCUGGUUCCUGGACGGCAGUAUAGGAGUGUUAAUUGGACUUACAAUAUCUGCCUAUGGAAUCAAGCUGCUCAUGGACAUGGUGCCCAGGGUGAGGCAAACGCGCCACUACGAGAUGUUCGAGUGAAGGUGCUGCCCUCUCCCUGCAAGGACUGAAAAGCCACAGCGUCCUGCGGCUUGGCAAGUGCUGCCAGUGGUAUUCUCCUCAAUAUGCAGUUUGUUUCCCCGUGGUCUGUUUCUGUUGAAGUUUGUUUGAAUGGGAAAUCUCUCUGUAAAUCUGGCAUAUUGUGCACACUGCUUGCGAUUCAGCCAAACAGCAGCGUUUUGGUUGGUUUAUUUUUUAUUUCUUAUUUAUUUCCAGUAUGCUAUUGAUUCCUGUGACAAUAGAAAACAUGCAGUUUGCAGCUUGAACCCAGCUGCCAUGUUGUAUAUUCCAGAGUGAAAGUGUUCUCAAUGGUGUGGUAAGCCUGUGGGUAAAGAAGUGCCAGUUUCAGAUUUGAGUUUUGGAAUUUUUUUUCCCCCCUGGCCUGUAUUUUCCCAAACACAUGCUGUAACAGGAGUACAAUCCUUGCUAACCUCUUCGACUAAGAGUAUCUUACAUAGAGUCUGGACACCAAGAGCUGUGUUGCUUAAAACACUUAAGUAGCUACUUCCACCCUCUUGUUGAAAUAGACACCCAGAAAGAGCAGGUACUGCCCUUCCUGUGAUCAGAGAGAUACUGCAUUUUAACCCCAAAUUAACUGAAACGAUACCUCUUCAACUUAAAUUCUAUUUUUUCUUAAUGAGACACUGUUCAUAGCUUUGCAUGGACCAAACAAGCACACAGAGUAUUACUGUACAGACCAAAGCCAAAAAAGUCAUGCAGGGAAGAGGAGCUGCUCAAGGAAUGGGAUUUUCAUCUCCUUUUUUACCAUCUGCAGCUGUACCAGCGUGUGUGACGUUGUGGUUGCUCUGUAGUCUGACAACGGCACAGCAGUGGCUCAAUCUCGUGGUGAGAUACAGAUCUAUUUAUUAGAUUUAGAUUGUCCUGUAAAGUGUUGCUCACUUUCCACCACACAUCUUAUAUAUUACUUAAUAGCAGGUUAAAUGAUCGAAAAAUCUUGAUGUAUAAUCAAUAAAACUGGUAUCUAUUUUAUACAGUAUCUGUAAGUAACAUUUGAAAACUAUUUCCAGAAUGUAUCAUAGAACAAAGUCUUCCUGUAUAGCAGCCUAUUAAACUGGAUUCUCUGGCUAUAGCCAUUUUCUCUUUAUUUGAUGUAUUCCAGGUCGGUUUUCACAACAGAGAAUCAGUAUUGUUGCUUCUGUUUAUCACAGAUGAAUAAAUAAUAGGACAGACCACUGUAGAGUUUGGAAUAAGGCCAUGGUAAGUAGGUGAGUAGCUAGAAAUGCCCAUUUCUAGUACAUAACAAUAGAGUACAGAUAUGAGAGUAGAUGUACAAUUAGACUGAUCAGUGAGGGAUGUACAGUGGAGACACUGGGGUUUUUUUUCACAGGUGUGAUGUUAAAAUUGCAUUUCCCAUCAUCUGUGACUUGACCAGGUCCUUAAGGAUCUCUAGUAAAAGCCCACUCCCACUGAUACAUGUUGGAAGAGACCCCCCAGGGGUUUCCCUGACCUGGCAGUACCCAUAUGAGAGUGACAAUAUUGGAAACAUGCCUUGAUACAGGAUUCCUUAUGGCAAAAUGAAAUUUGCUCUGCUGCUGUCGUUUGUUUUCACAUAUUUUGGAUCAAUUAAGUUUGCUUAAGUAUUUGUAUGCAAAGUGGUGCUAUCAGUGCUGAUGCUGCUUGUGCCUUGCUGUCACAGGAUGAUGUCACCCAGCUGUAAGGUGACAAAGGAGCUACUUCAGAGGAGCAUUCAGCAAGGACUCCCGAAGGACUGGAAGGUGUAGGACUGCUCACUGCACUCAGCACAGGUGGAUUUUUAAAUACCAAAUGCCACCCCAAGACCCUUUUGCUUUUCCCAUUAUGUUUUUCUCUCGCAGCAGUUCCAUGAAGGGAGCUGUGAGCUGGUAUUUCCUCACUGAUUAACAGUGUCUGUCAGGCAUCUUCAGCCUCAGAAUCACAGAGCCUGACCCUAGCUACAUUAGACAUUUCGUGAGUGUUAGUUUUCUUGAUACUGUUUAUCCUUUUCCACUUCCCUGAGGGCUUUAUUCCCACUCAGUCCCAUUGAAAAUUUUGAGAAUGACAUUUGAGAACUACAGAAGUGCCAUGCAGUCCAGCAGCCUGUUUGUAGCCCAGUGCUGCAGAAAACUGAGAAGGGACAGGGUGGUGGCUGAACUCCUGGUAUCACCUUUGCCACACCAAAUACUAAACCACUGAAAGUAUGCAGGACACCCAAACCAACACCCAGCUGAAACAUUAAAUAGUUCUGUUAGAAUGCUGGUGUAAACAGGAGCACAGAUGUGCUGCUGGUGCACAAAGGAAGGUUAAACACUCAGUUAAUGAAGUUUCACACUUCCUUCUGGAACUCUGGAAUGCUCUGAGGAUGUUUCUAACUACAGACACCUGAAAAGGAUAUGUGGUUAAACAAGUUAAUCAUACUCUUAUCAGAUUAAUUUAAACCAGUUGCAGAGAGUUUUCAGUUACCACAGGUGCUUCAAAGCAUUGCUGGUAUUAGCAGGUAAAUGCAAGAAAAUAACAGAAACCCUUGUGAUAUUUGAUAAAGUCCAGGAAAAAAUUAUUCUCAGAAAUGGUGAUAAAGCCAGCUGGCAUCAAGGAGACUGUGUGGUACGUGACAAUAGCAGAGAAAAUAACUGCUCAUCCAUCUACUGUGACACUGCUCGAGCCAGCCACCUCAGAGGGAACAGGUUCUGUGUGAGUUUUCUUUAUUAAAUGUCAGUGCCAGUUGAUUUUUUCAAACUAUGAGCAAGUUUGCUUCUAGCUAGACUAAGGGAAGGUGGACUUUUCAAAAGCUGCAACAGCUUAAAAGCAUUGGGACUAAUCAUCUGAAACUUGGCACUGGCCAACACAAUAACCUGCCUGGUGAUCACAGCAGCCCUCAGCACUGCCAGGGGCUCUUUGUUGUGCACAGGACGCGAGGAAGGAGCCUCAGUGCUCACACAAGGAACAGCACUGGCCAGAAUGAGGCUGCAAACUGACACUUAUUAAAGUCUGGCCAAGCUCAGAAUUGCAAAUUAAUCCCUGAAAGUGACUGUGACACUGAGCAGAUGCUUUGAAUCUGGCCAUAUUGUUCAGCAGAGAAGGGAGCUCAAAAACUCUGUCGGGAUUACACGAGGUGCAAUCUUGAAUCCCCAGCCAUGACCCACACACACCAGGUAGGCAUGUGAAAUUAUAAUGUUCACUUUUAGCUAAAAGCCAGAUUUUUUUGAAUCUUGAUUGUUAUUUAAAAAAAUCACCAGGCUAACAUCUGCUGCUGAUUUAUUCCAUUUUACUUCUUGCUGUAGUAGGCAGACCAUAAAUAAGCAUCAUCAUGUAAUCACGGUGGAAAAAACAACCUCAAAAGAAGCUCUCUGAUGAUGUUCCAGGAAUGGACCUGAAGCAAAGAUCCCAGACAAGAAGCUCCUCAGAUGUGGGCAAUUUCAGCUGUAGGUAGGCCUGCAGCUGGGAAUGUACCACAAAGGUUCUCACCACUGCUAACACCACUUGCAUUUCUGCAAUCCCAGCUGCCUGGGACAAAGUGAAGGUAUUUCUGGCAUUCUUUUUUGUGGGCCAGCUCAUGGAGAUGCUAGGCCAUGGGACAAGGAUUAAUAGAAUAGUUUGGUGUGGGAGGGAUCUUUAAAGGUCAUCGAGCCUGAGAUCAUCCAGUCCCUCUAUUAAGCCUUAAUAAUAUGCAGAGCAGGAAUGUUUGUUCCCAACCUGACAAAACAUUUUUCCUUGGCAGUCAAAUAAAGAGCUGAGGAAGCUCCUUGAACAGAAUUUAUCCCUGGAAUUCGCAGACUUGUGUAGAUGCUUCACACAGGGGUUCCACACAGUUCUGCUGUGCUGGCAGUGAUUUCUCAGCUCGCUGCCCGUGCUGGGUGUGCUGCCACCGAGUGGAGCUGUGACAGAGCCAUCCCUGAGCCUCUGGCUGUGUUCAUCCAGGACCAGGCACUGCACAGGAGUAGCACACACAAACACAUUCCUGUGGCCUGGCAUGUGGGGCCAGGUUAUGCAAUGUGAGAGGAUAAUUAAUGCAAGUAUCAGAGCAGCCAGGGAUGUUUCCCUCUCCUGUUCCCCAAGGUUGGGAGCUGCUGUUUUCCUUUCAGCCACAGGAGUGGUGUUGGGGUAGCACUGAACAGUUCCUGUUCUUUCCCUGUUCAGUGGGAUCAGCUGCCCUCUGAGGGGGGCACAGCUGCCCCCAAGCCUCCAGCCCCCUCACCAGGAGCUGCAGGAGAAGGGGAGCUCAGAGUUCAGGUCCUGCAGGGGCUGACACUGACACCACCACUCAGCUGCAGGCAGGCUCAAAGCACAUUUUCUUCCAGGUUAUUUGGCAAGUAACUGGGAAAUGUCCCAUUUUGUCAGCUCCCACUGCUGGCACCAAACCCAACACCCUUGUGAGCUCACCUCCUGCUGGCACAGGCUGUAGGGGUUAUUGCCACCUCUCAGCUCACUGUGCAGGAAGGAGUGGAGGCAACUGCUCUCAAACAGGCCAAGUGAAAUGCCAGCCUCCUCUUACUGGGCAGAGCCAUGGGGCACAACCCAAGCCUGCAGCACAGCUUGGGCUGAUCACACAAUUCCAUGCUCCUAUGGAGGUGAGGAGGAAAUGAAAGCCAGGAGGGGUCUCUAGGGAUUUGGCAACUUCCCUUCCCUGAACUUCCAAUGGAAUCACCAGCUCUUACCUGCUGAGCCACCAAAGGCUCUCACCUUGGUCCAUUUUCUUUGGAGUUUUUACUCUUUCAGCAUUUUUGUGCAGCACUGGUUUGCUUUGAUGUGUCUCUCCUCACAAAGCAGAUGUCUUCAGCCAGGCAGUGCUUCCCUGAGGUCCUGCAGGGGCAAGGACCCCCAAGCCAAGGCUCCCAAGCAAAGCAGGACACACGGUGAGGACAGCUGGAGUCUGUUCUCUGCUAACUGUUCCCAGGUUUUCUUGCUACAAAGAUUUACUACCUAGAUUUCAGCUAAAUGCAAUCUCCACUAUCAAUAAAAUAAAAUAACAAGUCCUGACAAGCAUAAACACAAAUACAGGGGAGUGUGAGGCAGCAAAGUGGGUGCUCCAGCUCUUGCACACUGAGGGGAAGUGUUCUGAGAGCAGCACAAAGUCCCAGCAAAAUGUUUCCAUCUGUGGACUCUCCACCAGCUGGAGUUUGACUAAACCCAGUCUAAGCAUGUGAGAGUUGAAGUAUCCAGUAUUUAAGCUCCCCCAAAGGAGCUUUCCAAUACAGCUGCAUGGUGUAUUUUUUAUUCCAAGUUCCAUUUUUCAUAGAUUUUUUUUCCAUUAUGUGACUGCAACACAGCCCACAUCUAACUCUAGCUGCUCACCAUUUUACAGAUGUCUUUUCAGCUUUUUAGAUGUCAAAGCUGAACAACAAUUAAGGGAAUGAAACAGGAAGGAAAACGUUUCCAAAAAUAAGCAGAACAAGAGCCUGAAUGAGCAGUGUCCUCCACUAAUUCAUUUUGAUGGUAGGAAACAUUUGGAAAUUGUGGUAUGUUGAAUAGCAACACAGAACCAACAACAUUUUCACCCAAUUUAGUCCAAGGGGAAGUAUGCCAGAGACCAUAAAAAGGGGCAAGUGGUGAAGGAUAUUCACAUAAUUUUCCUCACUGAAACAGCCAUAAAAGGCUCUUGCAGCAGCACUGCACAGUGGAAAAACCACCCUCUGCAGCCAUAAUGCACACAACUCCCCAGUGAGGAGACUGGCCAAGUGGAUAUCCAAACCCACCUCACAAACCUCUCCCAGCCUGCAGGCAUCUGUUUGACAUCUUCAUUUAUGCUCUUGCUUACCAGGGUGUGUGUCAUUAAUUGGGAGAGGGGCAAUACAAGGCAUCCCAAGCUGAUAGUUACUGAUUUCUGUACUCUUCUGAUUCUACAGUACUCCGUUAUGUGUGGCCACAUUAAAACAAAAAAACCAAAACCUCACCAAAUUUAGAAAAAAGUAAUGUUGGAAAAAAAAAAAAGAGCUGUUGCUUCUCUCCAGUAUAGUUGUGGGUUUGUUUUUUUUUUUAAUACAUUGCAACUGUGUUACAAAUAGACAUUUUUAACAGAUAAAGAGCUGUCUUUUAUUUUUUUUUAACUAUUAUUUUUUCCACUGCAUACUGCUCCUGCAUUAAUUGCUCUAUUACUCUUGGAUGCCUCCACCAAAACCUCUCCACAUUCCCAGCAGCUGACAACAGAGAGCCCUUCCCUCGCUCUUGGCUGGGCUAACAAAACCUGAGGUGGGCAGAAAAGGCUUGUCAGCAGAAUGGGUGCCACUGAAAUACCCUGACAGCUCCCCUGGAGUUUCCCUCUGACAUUUGUAUUUGUGCAGAGCUGCCAAGGUGAUUUCAUGUGGCACCUCUUGAGGGCACUGAAUGCUCACCCCAAUCCCACGUGGGCCAAAGCUUCAUGCCUGGGCCCUUGUUCCUCAUGCAAAUGUUUCAUUCCUGAGUGCUUAGCAUGUUAAAUUGGAUCCUGCAGGAGAAUGCUCUCUAAAGCUGCUCUUUUACCACAGUGCAGCUCCAUCUUUCAGCUCCACAGUCUAUUGUGUCAGUAGGUCUUGCAGGCCUGAGAGCCACUGUGCAAUUCCAGUCUCAUUUUCCCUUUCUCCCAAAUUUACAGUGUGCUGUAAAUUCAGUGUGUGCUGCAAUUGAGUGUGCUGUAAAUUUAUAGGAAAGCAGGAGUUUCUAACUACUGCUGUGACAAAGCUGCCUCCUGAAAGGAGGCUUGAUGUAACCCAUUAUGCAAUUUUUAUAACCCAUUUUUAAAACAAAACAAAGCAAACAGUUCAUUACUCACCUGAUGUUCUGCUGGCUGCAGUGUGGGACUUACCUGUGCACAGGUGGGGCAGCAACAGAAACACCCAGCUGCAGAGUGGGAAGAAGCCCCAGAAAUGCAGUUUGGGAUAAAAGGCAGCUCGUGGCAUUCCCAUUUAAGCACAAAGCAAUCAUAAAUCCAAAUCACACAAGAAAAAAGUUUAUUGAAAAAUAAAUUCUCCCUAGUUUUUUUUCUACAACAGUGAAAACAAAGCAUUUUUCUAUGCCAUUAAAGUACAGACAUUUACUGUUCUAAAAAAAAAAAAAUUAAAAAAAAUUCUCAUCCUAUUGAACCCCAGGAACUUGGCAGUAUCUGAACCACUGCGUUCUGUUCUGUUUGAUUCCAACUGCUUGAACGUAAUAUAGUGGAACACAACCACUGAAAUAAAACAAAGGAUUAACCUAUUAGGGGAGAAUUCAAACCAAACACCCCAUAGUACCAGCCUGAUCCUGAUGUUCUUGUGUCCAUUUCAACCCCUCAUUGACUCCACAUUAUUGUUUGCAAAAAGCAGUAUUUUACUUGCAGUGAAUUCAGUAGGGUUUUUUCCCAAUUUACACUGCUACAGGGCUUAUUCACACUCUGACCCUCUUCACCCAUGAGGAGGGAGGCUCCUCCAAGGAAUGAUGCAGACCAGAACCCAAAGACCUGCCUCAACAGCAUUCUGGAGAAUCUCCUCCCUGCAGUGGUCAGCUCAGCAAGCUCAGGGGGAUCAAAGUCUCCAAGCCCAAUUUAGGUUUGUAAAUAUUCCCUGAUAUUUUUCUUUUGGCUCUUAGAAUCUUCAGGGUAACUUUUCUCACAAAAUUUACUCUCCUUUUUCCUUUGGUAAAAACUGCCAUUUCCUCCUCCUCUCCUGCAUUCCUUACAAAAACCAAAUUAAACCCACAACUCCUUAAAAAUAUUUUUCACUGUCACUGUACUGCAACAGACCUGAUAAUGAACAUAAAUUAGUUCUGGGUAUUACACCAUUAAAAUUAACUGCCUUCAGACAGCAAUUUAACUUGAUUUAUCGUGUGCCUAUUUGAAACUUCAAACUACUUUGCAGCUGCUGGAGCCUGAGCCAGGUCGUGUUCCAUGCACUCGUGCCCGGAUGGCUCCAGGAAAUGCCAGGCGUUAUUUACAUGCUCUCCUUGAAGCCAAGGAUUUGGUGGCUCCUGCAGGACCCAGGGCUGUAUUUGCAGUGACAAUACAGAUGUGUUUUCCUGCACCAGAAGCAGCCACGUGCUUUGGUGGCCGUGGGGACAGCAGGGUCCUCAGUGCUUCAGUUCUGUGAGCCCUUAUACGAGGUGACAAAUUCUGGUCCCAUGCACAGCUCACUUAAGUAAAUGGCACCUGCACUGAACUGCCCAGCAGAGAGAAGGGUUUCAAUCACUUGAGCACAACUGAUUUUUUAAAGCAGUUUCUGUGUGUCAAGGGUGAAGUUACUCCUUAUUUUAUCAAAACUUUGAGGACCUGGUUUUAUUUACUCACUU